AAUAAAUAUCUUAUCAGUUUGACUAUCAAUUUAGUGUGUUCACAAAUCAAAAAACAAUAAACGUUGUGUGUCAUAAGGAUGACAAAACCACUGCUUGACUUGGAACUUUUCUGCAAUGCGUAUGAUGGUUUAACAUACUUGAAGAGGUCCUAAGUCAACUAACUCAUAGUCAAGUCAAUGAGUGUACCCAUGCCUCAUACCUUCAAAAACUACAGAUAAGAAGCAUUCAAUUUACUUUGGAGGUAUCACUACCAGUAGGGGCCGCUCCGCUGACAUAAUAGACUUUAAAACCUCACCUUCCCUUUCGUAUAAAAUAACUAUUAACAUUCUUAUUCCUCAACUUGCAAAAAAGUAACAUCCUACAUUCUCAACUUGGUGUUGGAUCAGCUCAACAGUCGCGCAAUAGUCUUUUACAGUGUUUUUAUCAUUUCGUUCCAUUUUUGGCACAGGAAAAAAGAAUAUAUUUGUUCCCAUGGCGUCGAGCUCAACAUCAAAACUGUUAUUCUGCAUUCUUGCUUCAACUUUUCUUGUUACCUCAGCUCAAAACUGUUCAAACUACACUUUCCCAGCCAAUAGAACUUUCACCACUUGCAAAGUACUCCCCUUUUUAGAAGCAAACCUGCACUGGAACUACAAUUCAUCCAGCACAAAAGUUUCAAUUGCAUACAGAGCUAAACAAGAUUCUAAGGGGUGGGUAGCAUGGGCUAUCAACCCUACAAGACAAGGCAUGGUCGGAUCGCAAGCAUUAGUUGCUUUCCAUAACUCAACUGACAGCAUGAUAGCUUACACAACACAAAUAACAAGUUAUAGUCCAUCAUUGCAGAGAGCAAAUCUCAGCUUUCAAGUUUCAAAUAUAUCUGCAGAAUACUUGAACAAUGAGAUGAUUAUCUUUGCGACUAUAGGGCCACUGGGCAAUGGAACCACAGUAAAUCAUGUCUGGCAAGGUGGACUCUCAGUCUCGAACGACAUCCCUCAGAUGCAUCCAUUUUCAUCCCAACACCUUCAAUCAUUUGGACAAAUAGAUUUUCAGACAGUUUGAGAAUUCCAUGAGAAAAAUAGUCAUCUUAGUUUUUUGCAACUUAUCAAAUAAAUAAAUAGUCAUCUUUGGCUUUCAUCCAUUAUCCCAAAUCAGGUUUCCAAAAUGGCUAGAAUAUUACUGUAAAAUAGCUGUCUCUAUUUCCAGGCAAUAAAAAGUU